CCCGCCUCCUCGCGCCGCCCUGGAUGCCGGAUGUGACGCAGCGGAAGCUGCGCGUGGGCUGCCAUGGACGCGCUGGACCGGGUGGUAAAGCCCAAAACCAAGAGAGCGAAAAGGUUUCUUGAGAAGAGAGAGCCCAAACUUACAGAAAACACAAAAAAUGCUAUGCUCAUAAAAGGAGGAAAUGCAAACUCAACGGUGACUGAAGUGCUUAAAGACAUUUAUGCUCUGAAGAAGCCUUUUGCUGUGAUGUAUAAAAAGAAAAAUAUUACCAGGCCUUUUGAGGACCAGACAUCAUUGGAAUUCUUUUCCAAGAAAUCAGAUUGUUCUUUGUUUCUGUUUGGCUCUCAUAACAAGAAGCGACCCAAUAACCUGAUAGUAGGUCGCAUGUUUGAUUACCACGUGCUGGACAUGAUUGAGCUAGGCAUUGAGAACUUUGUGUCCCUGAAAGACAUCAAGAACAACAAAUGUCCUGAAGGAACAAAACCUAUGUUGAUAUUUGCUGGUGACACGUUUGAUUUAAAUGAAGAAUACAGGAGACUGAAGAGCCUUCUUAUUGAUUUCUUCAGAGGUCCUACUGUGCCCAACAUUCGUCUGGCUGGGUUAGAACACGUUCUGCAUUUCACAGCUGUUGAUGGGAAAGUUUACAUGAGAAGCUACAAGGUGCUUCUGAAGAAAUCUGGCUGUAAAAUACCAAGAAUUGAACUGGAAGAUAUAGGACCUUCAUUAGAUUUGGUUAUGAGGAGAACACAUUUAGCUUCGGAUGACCUUUAUAAGCUAUCUUUAAAACAACCCAAAGCCCUAAAGCCUAAGAAGAAAAAGAACAUCUCCCAUGAUGUGUUUGGUACAACUUAUGGUCGAAUCCACAUGCAGAAACAAGAUCUUAGUAAACUGCAGACAAGAAAAAUGAAGGGGUUAAAAAAGAGACCAGCAGAGAAGUCGGUUGAAGAUGGUGGUAUUAGUCCUAAAAAGACAAAAUCUGUGUGAUAGUGUGGAAUAACUUUGAAAACUAUUUGUAUCUUAAUUUUUUUAAUGUAAAUUGUAAUAUAAAAGUGACAAACACAAAGGAUUCAGCUGCCUUUACCUUUGGUUUUAUAUUUAAAAAACAAAACAAAAAAUUAUUUUAUGAUUUGUCAUUUUAAAGGGAACAUUGAGUUACUGAGCUUUAGCUUAGAACCUGCUUAUUUAGAAGGGGGGGGGGGAGGGGGGAAACAAAAAACACAAGAUGUAACUUGUUUAGUUUUCCAAAGCUGAAUAUUUAUUCUCUUGAUAUGAGCAAACAUGUGCUGGUUAAGCAGGUGACUCAUUUCCCUAACAGUUUUAUGGUUACAAUGUUGGGAAACCUUGAUCAGUCAACCUAUCUUAUAAAUUCUUUGCAGGACCAGCAUAAUGUGUACACAUAAUGUGUGCAGCAUGACUUCUGUGUUCAUUUACUGCUGAUGUAUUUCGGUUUAUGCACAAUUGCAAUACUUAAUAAACUCCAAACCAUUUUCUAAAGUAUGAACCCA